AUGGGGCUCAUCCCUCAUUUUCUUGCCUUGGGACUGGUUUCGUUUUCCCACGCCAAGACUUUCUGCCCUUCCGAAUGGAGCGAAGAAUGGACCCUUCAAAUGGAAAGCCAUCUGAAACGAGCGAUGGCGGUUCGGGACGAUGGCAGCGUGAUGAAAAUUCAACCGCUUUCUCCUUGCUUCCCGGCGCUUUCGCCCGUUCGCUGCAAGAAACGAGCACUGCCCGGUCGAGAGUUCUGCCAAGCAAUCGUUUACCAACCGGAAAUCGAGUAUCGCGGAGAAAUGGAUGUUUCCCAGCGACUACCAACUGACGAGAUUAAAAAGUGUUUUAUCAAUUUUACCAAGGAGCUUCAAAGAGAUCGAAAAAAAUAUCAAAUCAGGAAUAAAUUCUGGAGACUCACCUGCAAAACGUAUAUGCCGCUCUUGCCAACAGUCAAGCCGUCAUCUGCGCCCGCUACGAAGCCAGAAUUCUCAACAACCUCAAAAGCGCCAACAACGACGACUUCAAGACCAACUUCAACAACUCAAAAGACAGAAAGUGCAAAUCGCGCGUGCUCGAUUAACUGUGGUGUAGGAACUUGUGUCAAAGGAUUUGACGGAGACUACUGCCUCUGUCCUCUGAAUUACUACUACUCGCAGCCGGCUGGAACCUGCAUCGAGCAAUGUAACCUCGAUUGCGGCACUGGAACCUGCGCCAAAAUCGCCAACGAGUUUACGUGCCUCUGUCCUUCUGGCCAAAGAUUCAAUCCGAUUUCUGAAACUUGCGAGAAAACCACAACAACAACGACUACAACUGCAACAACUACUUCUACCAAGCCGGCAACGACGACAACAACAACGACAAAGGCGACGACAAAAUCAGAGAGUUCAAGUUCCGAAUCGCCAGCGUCAACAGAUUGUCCCUCCGGAAAACACUACGAUGCUGCUUACGGAAAAUGCGUCUGGGAUGCGAAGAAUCCCUCUUCAGAAGCAGCGCCCAAGCCAACAAAUCCAGCUCCAACCCCAACUCGCUCAAGCCCCUCCUCGACAAGCUCUUCCGUUGUUGACGACGAGUACGAUCUGAUCGUCGUUGACAACAGCACAAGCGUCUGCGCCGAUGGCGAGGUAGAAGUGAUCAUUGAAGCCGACGCGGACUACAUUUCUUACGAGUGCGUUCCUGCUUCAGAAGUGAAUCAAAAGCCAGAACCUGAGCCCGAACUCGAGUGCGAUCCGUUCAUUGAAGACUGCGACAACUUAGUGGAGCCGACAUCUUCGCCGGAAAUCGAGGGCUCAGGACUUGAAACAGCAACUUUGCCGAUUGUCAUUUUUACGGAAGAGGAGCGAGUUGUCACUACUGUUCAGUCAAGUUUCUCGACUUCUACUCUUAGCAUUUCAGAAACAACAACAACCACUAUAACAACAACCACUACUAGCGAUCCUUUUGUAGCAUCUCCUGAAGAAACCGCUUCGAUCAUGUCUUGUCCGGAAGGAAUGGAGUGGAACAGCAUGUACGAAAAAUGUAUGAUCAAAUAUGCUCGACCAACUAUACCGACUUCUGCGACCAGCUCAAUCAAGACUACGACGAAGCCAGCAACAACAACGACAUCCGAAAAAGUUCUGAAAUCAGAAGAUUUUGUAGAUUGCUCUCUCGACUGCGGAGUAGGAACUUGCGAGAAGGAUGAUAUCGGCGAAUUGUGCAUCUGUCCUGAAAACCACUUUUACUCCGUUUUCAAGGGAACAUGUUUAUCACAUACUCCAACGAAAGAUACUCCGAUAAAUAUAGUAAAGACUACGACGACAAUGCCAACAACAACGACAACUGAAACAGUUGUUCAACCAGAAAACUGUUCGCUCGACUGCGGAGUAGGAACCUGCGUGAACAAUGAUUUUAGCGACUACUGCAUCUGUCCUGACGAUCAUUUCUACUCUGUCUUCCAGAAAACAUGCCUAGAAGAACACAUUCCAGAACCUACCGGAGCCUCUGACAAAAACGACGGCGAUCCGAUGCCAGUACCUGACAACAUUAUUUGGGGCGCAUGUGAUUGCAGCACGGGUUUUCAAAGACAAGUUUGCGAUGGAGAUGAGUUUGAGUGUGAAGGAUUAGAGCAGAAAUGCGAGGACAUUUCUGUCUGCGAAGGAAGUGGAUCGGGCGAUUUCAUUGGGUCUGAUGAUGAAGAGUCCUUCGGCUUCUCUGUUUCCGCUGAAAUGUCUUUAUCUGCUGAGAUGUCCUUGUUGGUCGCGGAUCGAGCAGUCCGACCGGAUUACGAUGAAGUCGAAGAUCUCAAAAUCGACGGAUUCAUUUCCGAAGACGAAAGUGACUUAUUCAUGACGGAGUCAGAAGAUCUCUUCGCGUUCGAAGAGGAUGACGACGAUGAUGAAGAACUGGUCAAUGACGAUCCAAUGAGUCUAGUCGGCGAGAUCCAGGAAAAGACGAAGAUAGAGCCACCGACUUUUACGAAAUGGUCUAGCUGGUCGAAAUGCUCGAAAACAUGUGGAACUGGUCUUCAACGCCGCCACAGAAGUUGCAUCGACGUGCGAAAUUGCGACCGAACGAGCUUACACGCCGUUAGAGAAUGCGUCAACCUGCCCUGCUACGACAAGAACUUUUUUUAA